AUGCUUCGCAUCUCUGCUCCCCGCUGGUUGGUGCAGAACAUCCUGCACGACAUACAGGCCGCCGCCGAGUCGCGGUCUGUCAUGGCGACCUCGUCUUUUGCGCAGCGGCGCUCUUUCCUGGCUGCACUCAGCGAGGAGCUGCAUCUCCACCGCGAGUACAUUAUCCGUGCAAACCAGCGCGACUGCGACCUAUUCGGGCAGCAGCAGCAGCAGCGUGGCACGCCCUCCGUGACGAUACCUCCCAUGCUGCCCAGCACGAGCGCAGCUCUGAGUUCGCAGUCAUCCGCCUCGCUUCACGGGGACCGUACCGGGUGCUCGCCGUUUCUCGGUUACCCGGGGCAUCGCGUAGGCGACGUACCCGCUGUCUCCGUGGCCGCUGGGAGCGCUGCAGUGAGCACACCCGGGGCCAAUGCCGCUGGCGGCUCUGGCGCAAGCUCACCACGCCGUCAGAGUUCGCUCGAGUACGUGGUGAGCACGUCCCUGGUUGGAAGCCAAGGCCAACGCGGCGGGGGCAGCACUGCUGCGGGUGGUCGCAUAGCAGCUAGUUCAACAGGUGCUGGUUCUACUCUUGGCGAGACCGCAGCGGCGUCGCAAGCAGCGAACACCUCUUGCACCGCAAUCCCUGCCUCACACUCGGAGUGGCGCGCCGGUGCGCUGUCAGCAUCUCUGCAGCUGGUAUCGACCGCCACUUUGGGCCAUGCGACUCGCACGGAGGCCGGUGGUGGCGGCGGGCACCUUCUCAUCACCCCUGACAACCACUUCCUCAUCUCGCCUCUGCGCCUCGACAAGCUGCACACCACCAUUGAGUACUUGCUCUGCCAGCCUGACCCCAUUGCCAUGCCGCCCUCUUGCUGGUUGCGCGACUACGCUGAGGGGGACAGCAGAUCGGCAGGUGAUCCACUACGCGGAGAAGACUCCUCCGAUGCGGCGCCUAGCCACAACUCACCUCCGCCGCCAUCGGCUAGAAGGCCGCACGAGGAUCGUGGCCGGUGUACGCGGCGAACGGGUCAGCUCGAGGUCUACGAGCUCUCUGUGCCUCUGGGCAUGGUAGGCAUCCUCUCACGGUUUCGCCCGCGCAUCAGCAUCGAUGCAGUUGCCAUGGGGCUGUUUGCCGGCAACACUGUCCUCGUGGAUGGCGGGGUGUCGCUCUACUACACGAAUAUGGCGCUUGUGUCAACAGUGCGGCGCGCACUCGUGACCGCUGGCCUGCCACCGAGCGCGGUGGUGUGCGUGGAGAACUACGACGCGGCCCACCGCAGCACGAGCGAGUGGCUGCAGCUGUCCGGCUACGUCGACCUCGCUGUCGUGUGCGGACCGCCAAAGUUGUACCAGUUUGCUUCUCAGCACUCCACUAUCCCGCUAAUACGCGCGACUGGGCAGUUCAGCAGCAUCUACGUGGACCAGAGCGCCUCCUUCGAGGUGGCGCUAGAGGUGAUACUGAACUCAAAGUUCCAGAAGCUAGGCGCCGCCAACGCCGUGACAACGCUCAUCGUCCACAGCGACUUUCCACGCUACACAGAGCUGCUGCUAGCCCUUGCCGCUGAUGGCGCCGUGCUCCUUGGCGAUGUCACCGCCCAGGAGCGCGUGCCGAACUGCGUGGUGGAGCUGGCGAGUGAGGAAGAGUAUCAGGGUCUCGCCCAGUAUGGCCUGCGAGACGCUGCACGCACGCUUUGCAUCAAGACGGUGGACACGCUCGCUCAGGCACUCUUCUUCAUUGAGUCCUUCGGCUCCAAGCAGAGCGACUGCAUCGUCGCCACCGACCCAGAGGUGUGCGCCACGUACUGCCGGCAGGUUGACACAGCUGUCGCCCUCGUGAACGCCUCCACCCGUCUCUCCAGCGGCGUACCGCUUGGCUGCGGCGUCGACUUCGCCAUCUCCACCUCGAAGACUCACCACCGCGGCCCACUGACAGUCGAGAUGAUGACGACGCGCAAACUUGUCGUGCGCAGUCUCUCUACCUACCACGGCGCUCUGCGUUGA